UAUAUUAAUAUUUAUGUGUCAUGUUGUUUCUGUUUGUAAUUUUAUUGAAUAAAUACGUAUGACAGCUAAAUAUAAUCAACAUUUUCUUCUGAAUCGGUUGGAAUCGCAUUCCAUCACUUGCGUUUGUAAUUCCGGGCAAUAAAUAUAUCGCAGAACAUUUGCGGUAAAUGAAUUACCCAUUGCAUUACCCGCCCCCACUUCAAGUAAGUAUUCAAGUUCAUUUUCACAUGUUCAUCCCACCUUUAUAAACAUUGUGAAAUGCUGCAUGUGAUUGGAGUGUGUGUCGAUGUUUUGGUGGAAACUAAAUCAAGUGUUAUUGUUGCAGACGUUCUGUUCAAGAUGUUGUGGAUACUAAUUUCGUUGGUAUGUGUGGCUCUCACAUAUAUUUACGUAGUUAAGGUACAGGGUUACUGGAAAAGUAUCGGAGUAAAACAAGGCAAUCCUAUGUUUUUCUUCGGUGAGAACUUUGGCCCUGUUGCUCGAAUAAAAAGCUUCUCCGAAAUGGUACUGGAUGUUUAUAACAUGUUUCCAAAUGCAAGGUACUCUGGAUUUUAUCAGUUCUUAACGCCCACUCUUGUAAUAAGGGAUCCAGAUUUGAUCAAACAAAUAACAAUUAAAGACUUUGAUCAUUUUGUGGAUCAUAGGAAAAUCAUUCCAGAAGAAAGCGAUCCCUUAUUUGGAAAAAAUUUAUUUUUCUUGAGAGGCCAAAAAUGGAAGAAUAUGAGAGCAACCUUAAGUCCUUCUUUCACAAGCAGUAAAAUGAAGUCGAUGUUUACUUUAAUUUCCGAAUGUGCUAAUGACUUCGUUGAAUAUUUUAAAAAGAAUCAAAACCAAGAUAUUGUAACGAUUGAAAUGAAGGACACAUUCACGAGAUUUACCAACGAUGUAAUCGCUACUACUGCAUUUGGAAUUAAGGUAGAUUCAUUGAAUGACAGAACAAAUGAGUUUUAUGUGAUGGGUAAAGAUAUGACCAACUUUAGAACCCUAUGGAGGAGUAUGAAAUUGUUUGGUUACUUUGCAUUCCCACUUCUAUUCAAGCUAUUGAAAGUUAAAGUUUUUACCAAAGAGGUGUCUACGUUUUUUAAAAGUUUAAUCAUGGAGACAAUAAAGACAAGAGAAGAAAAAGGUAUUGUGCGCCAAGACAUGAUAAAUAUUUUAAUGGAAGCUAGGAAAGGGCUACAUAAGUAUGAGGAAAGUAGUGCAGUUAUUGAUACUGGAUUUGCAACUGUUGAGGAAUCUGAUAUUGGCAAAUCUAAGCAUAAUAUCAAUCUUACUGACGAUGAUGUAAUAGCCCAAGCUUUGAUUUUCUUUUUUGCUGGUUUCGAUGCUGUGUCGUCUUUGAUGUGCUUUAUGAGUUAUGAAUUAGGUGUAAACCAAGAAGUUCAAGAUAAACUUCGAGAAGAAAUUAAUCAAACAUUAGAAAAAUGUGAAGGAAAAUUAACGUAUGAGGCUUUGAUGGGAAUGAAAUACAUGGACAUGGUUUUAUCAGAGAGUCUUCGAAAGUGGCCAAAUGCAGCCAGUAUAGACAGAGUCUGCACAAAACCGUACACUAUUGAGCCAGUUUUGCCAGAUGAAAAACCGAUACAUUUGAAGAAAAACGAUGUACUUUUCUUACCCUUUUUCGGUAUUCAUAGAGAUCCCAAAUAUUACCCAAACCCAGAUAAAUUUAUCCCAGAAAGGUUCAGUGAUGAAAACAAAGGGAAUAUCAAACCUUUUACUUACUUACCUUUUGGAGCUGGACCAAGAAACUGUAUUGGUUCAAGAUUUGCUAUUAUGGAAACCAAGAUUGUGUUCUUCCAUCUUUUAGCUAGUUUCAAAAUAGUACCAGUUGAAAAGACGGUGAUUCCAUUAAAAAUUUGCAAGAAAAACUUUAAUUUGUCUUCGGAAAACGGAUUUUGGCUCGGAUUGAAGAGAAUUUAAUUUUUUAUUUUUAUCCAAUAAAGGAUGAACUGUAUGAUAUAUUAUUUAAAAAGUGUAUAUAGAUAUAUGCAUUUGCAAAAUAUUUGUGAUUUGUUUUAAUAAACAUGUUGAAGU